GGAAAUAUGACUUUUAUUCUGGAGUCCUACUUUGUACGUUGCGGAGCUGACCGCCAACGUCCAUUUUGCCAACACUUGCAGAAACACGUGCGUCCCCGGGCCCGGCAUCAUGCGAGCGAGCGCCCGAUGCAUUAUUGAUGCAGCGGUUGCAAGCGGGCUUUAAGGUCCCAUAAUAGGCUCCUUCUCUAAGCUGCCACAGUAAUGAAACACUCGACUCCCGUCAAUACUUGCUGCGACCAGUAGAUUUCUGUCACGGGCCACCGCUAUUGACGGAGGGCUGUCACUCAAGGGGCUCCGAUGAGGUGACCUGGUGUUUCCCUUUUGUUACUGUGUCAUUUGGUGUGACAACGUCUGAAGGCUGAAAGGCGGGGGAGCCAGAAUGCCGGAGCAGAGCAACGACUACCGCGUGGUGGUGUUCGGGGCGGGCGGCGUCGGGAAGAGCUCCCUGGUGCUGCGUUUCGUCAAGGGCACCUUCCGCGACACCUACAUCCCCACCGUGGAGGACACGUACCGCCAGGUCAUCAGCUGCGACAAGAGCGUGUGCACGCUGCAGAUCACCGACACCACCGGGAGCCACCAGUUCCCCGCCAUGCAGCGCCUGUCCAUCUCCAAGGGACACGCCUUCAUCCUGGUCUACUCCAUCACUAGCAAGCAAUCGCUGGAGGAGCUCAAGCCCAGCUACCAACAGGUGCUGGCCAUCAAGGGCAACGUGGAGGCCAUCCCCAUCAUGUUGGUCGGCAACAAAAGCGACGAGACCCAGCGCGAGGUGGACACCAAGGACGGCGAGGCGCAGGCCAGCCAGUGGAAGUGCGCCUUCAUGGAGACGUCGGCCAAGACCAACCACAACGUGACCGAGCUCUUCCAGGAGCUGCUCAACCUGGACAAGAAGCGCAACAUGAGCCUCAACAUCGACGGCAAGCGCUCGGGGAAGCAGUCGCGCGCCGAGAGACUGAAGGGCAAGUGCAGCGUCAUGUAGACGAGAAAGAAGGACGACGACGACGACUCGAAAACAGGAAUCACCCCCCGUCAUUCGCAAUCCUCCUCCCAGUCAUGACUCGGCGGUAGUUUAACGCCGCGGAUCAGAGCGUCCACGGGAAUCCGCCGAUCCACCCUCCACAUACUCAUCGUGUAGACAAACUAGAUGUUAAAAGAGUUCCUUUUUUUUCCCCCCCGCUCCCCCCGAGGUGGGGGAGAGCAUGAACGCCACACAAGAAGGAUGUAAAUAAACGCCGUUUACGACCAGAUUCCCCCUCCCACCCCCACCCCGAAAACAAUUUACGGACGAGACAAAACAACAACAAUCCUCUCUCCUCAUUUGUCACCUAAAGUGGGAACGCACACACGACCACACGACGCAAUGAUCCUUUUAAGACUCUUUCUGAAAGCCUGACGCGUUUGGGGAACGUCGGGAAACCGGAGCGCUCCAGCGGCCUCGUCUCACCUCGCUUGCUUUUUCCUCGAGAUGACUCAUCCACGGGAAUGGUUAUUGCCAAGACGGUGAGACUCAAAGGGAAUUGGGAGGUUUCUGAAGGUCAAGAAUGUCUUUUUUUUUUUUUUUUUUUGGGCCUUGUUUUUGAUGCUUUAAGUCAAAACACUAAAAAAAAACAAAACAAACAAAAGCACACGAAUAUAACAAAAAAAGAUGUAUUUAUUUUCAUUGUGCAGCCUGAAUCUGUAUUAUUUUUAUCAUUAGUUCUUCAUCUCACACUCACAAGUCUUAUUUCACGUCGAGACCCGACGACGCAACAUCCCGCCCUCAGGUUGUGACAUGAGAUAAACGAGAAGGUCUGGUGUGAAGCGUGGCUACGAUUGUCGGCCCUGUCCCGUCAAAUGUCAUUUCAAACGGAGACCCCGCAAAAUAGCAACAUCAGAGCCGUCACAAAAGACUCUGCAUUAGUCUGCAUUUGCCUUUUACACAGAACCCGGCAAAAAGCAGCAUACCGCCCCAACAGCAAGCGCUUUCACAUGACAUCCAUAAAUGCUGAUGUGACGCAUGAAGUAGUUUCCGCUUGCCGACGAUUGAUGUUGACACCGUAGGACUAGAGGAGUGAGUGUGAAAAUUUCACACGGCUUCCCCCGGCAUUGCUGUAUACCCUUAGGGUCUAGCCUCCUUUACCUGGAGAGUACCCAGUAAAAUGACAAUCUGAGCCGUAACGCAAGACCCGAUCGGCCUUUUACGCAGAACCCAGCGAAAGAGAGGAAAUGACCACUGUGUGGGCUUUCACACAGCGACACAGCAGGGCUAUCAACAAAACUAAAGUGAACUUCACACCACUGUCCUUGCAUUCCGCAAUAGCCUGACAGAGGUGUCGUCCCGCCUGUUACCGCUUUCAUACAGAGACCUUGCCAAAUGGCCGCAUAAUU